CGCCGAUGUCUGUGCCAUUUUCAAUAGCGAUGCGCGUUAUUAAGGGGAGCAGCAGGUGUUAUCUCGCUAAUUCCACGCUUAGCAAACCGUUCCGUCUCUUGAAAUAGUCGCAUAGCUUUCUACUGCUUUACAUACAAAUAAUAGCACAUGAGCAAAGAAGAGACGAAACACUUCGAAAGUUGAGUCGUAUGUUUAUUUUCCUCGGCAAAAUGGCAAGUAACAGAAACUGGAGCCAGCACUCGAGCGUGCCAAGUUUUGCUCAGAUGCUGAAGAAGAAUUUACCUGAUCCAGGUACAAGUCCUGCUGUGAAUCAGACUUCAACUCUCUCCACGUGCUGCCUGUACAAUCAACCCGCCUGUGGAACAGCGAGGGUCACUCGGAUUACAGGUAACUUUCCAGAACCCUUUUUAUCAAAAAUGAUUGUAGCUCCAUCACUUUCCUCACUGACACCUAGAAAGGUAACAAAGGAAUUCAUGGUGAAAUACAGACGUGGUGACCUCAAUCCAAUUUCUGCUUUAUACCAGUUUGCACAGAUGCAGCGAAUGGAAAUUGAACUGAAAGAGACUGUAACAACAGGAAAUGUUUUUGGUGCUUAUUUUGCAUUCUGUGCUGUUGUUGAUGGACUUGAAUACAAGACUGGAAUGGGGCAAAAUAAAAAGGAGGCAAAAGCAAAUGCUGCAAAACUUGCACUUGAUGAACUUCUUCUACAUGAAGAUCCUGCGUUAAUAGAUUCAGAAAACCAAAGCCUAAACGUAAUAGAAAAUCCUCCUCCAUUACCUAUGAAUCCUAGGGGAACAACUGAAACCUCUACCAUUUCAAGAACACGCACUGAUAAGCGCACUUUCAUUCAUGAAAAGAUUUCCUCCAUAAUUAAAGAAACCUUUACUAAUUUAGUAUCCAAAUAUCCGGAGUAUGAAAGCUGCGGUAGCUCAUUAGCUGCGUUUGUGAUUGAAAAGGGUGGCCAACACUGGGAAGUAGUUGCAAUAGGUACAGGAGAGUUUAACUAUGGACAGAGCUUACAGAGUGAUGGAAGAGUUCUGCAUGAUUCACAUGCAAUGGUUGUCGCAAGACGCUCCUUACUUAGAUACUUUUAUAGGCAGUUGCUGCUUUUAUACAGUGGAAAUAAUGGAAUGAUGGACAAGUCAAUAUUUUGCACAGAACCUGCAACCAACCUCCUUGCUCUAAAACCAAAUCUGAAUAUUUUCCUGUACAUGAAUCAGCUUCCAAAAGGAGCUGCUCAGACAAAUCCACAACUAUGUCUCAGUCCACAUUCUCUCUCUGCUCACGAAGCCAAUGACAAAUUAAGUCUUCAUGUUUCAGUAGAAGGCAAAAAUAUCCCAGCAUCAUAUUAUUCAGGUGAAAUUGUCCAUAAUCUAUACAGCAUGUCUUCUACUGAUAAACUCACACGUUGGGAAGUUUUGGGAGUCCAAGGAGCACUUUUGAGUAUUUUCAUACAGCCUGUGUACAUCAACAGUAUCAUCAUUGGCAAUGCAGCUUGUUCAGAUACUAGAGGAUUAGAAAUUGCUGUUAAACAGCGUAUUGACGAUGCACUUACUUCAAGACUCCCCAUGUUUUAUUUGGUGAACAGACCUUACAUGAGCAUUGUCAGUUCUACACAUCUGACUAAUAAUGAUACUGCAAAUAAAACACUGAGUCUGAAUUGGUCACAAGGAGAUGCAUGUGUGGAAGUUGUGGAUGCUGUAAUAGGAAGGACAGUUGAAGGAUCACCGUUCAAGAGCGGAUCUUGUCUGGCAAGUCGUCUUUGUAAAGCAGCCAUGUUAUGCCGUUUCAAUUUGGUUGUAAAAGAAUCCAAAAGGGAUGCUAUACCAUCUGUCCUGUCUUAUCAUGAGGCAAAGCGUUUGGCGGGACCCUACCAGGAAGCAAAGUGUUUGCUGAAUUCUUAUUUCAAGCAGCAGGGAUUUGGAUCCUGGAUUGCGAAGCCACCCAUUAUUGGCGAAUUUACAAUGUAAUAAAGUUCCCCAAAAAGGAGAUUGCAGAUACCUUUAUUUGCAUUAUCAUUUUUGAAAGUUUUUUGGGGGGAAUACUUUUGAAUAUUGUUGGCUAUCUUAUAUACAUAAGUGUGUGGAAAAGGUACAGCUCAAAAAGAAUUAUAGAUUCUUGCCCUUUUAAGUUUGUGUUAAGCAACACAUCUUUGGCUUUAGAGGCAAUUACUGUAUCUUAAUUUUUCCUUUGCCAUAAUAAGGAUACAAAUAACAGGUAUUUAGGUUUGAAUACAGCUACUAGUAUACUGAAGCUGAAGUUCAGCUUUUUGUCAAGUUAAUAUGAAACAAUCUUAUGUUAUUUCUUAAUAAGUAAUAUCUAAAUUCUUCAUGUUAUAAAAGCUUGCUUUUGUUUCAUGUUUCCCAAUAAAAAUUGUCUGCCUUCUACCAGGUUGGUAUAAAGUUCUAUUAGUUCAUUAAACCAAUGAAAAGUUAAAUGUUGCAACCAAUACCACAAUGUAAGGAUAGAAAAAAAACCAAGAAUUUGUUGCCUUUGUUUUUCAUGAUCUGUGAUGCUUAUAAUAAAUACUGUAUAAACCUU